AUCACCCGUCAAAAGCCACGCGAUCACAGUAACAACGACGAAGACAAGUAUCCAAACAACCACAGUGUCUGCUUCACUUGAAUAAAUUCCCCUUCAUUUCCACAACCUGGCAACACGAGUUCUUCGCUUAACACGUGAACUCAACACACUUCAUGACAUUUGUAAAUAGCACAAAUUCGUCUCUUAUUUCACGUUGUCAAGACAUUUUCCUCCAUACACGGAUAGAGAGAGAAAAAUUAAUACAUUUAUUAUAAAAUUUACAGUUUAAAGUCGUAAAACUGUUGUUAUGGCAACGGCGGGAUCGCUCUUGAUGUCGUGAACCAAACAAAACAGAAACACAACCUAAAAGAAACAGCUGCUGAUGAUUGAAACCGAAUUCAACAGAGUGUGUUACACAAACGGUAAUUAAACGGCUGUCACCACUGUCAUGGCGCAUUACAGAGCCUCGGAGUCGAAGCGAGAACAGUUCAGGAGAUACCUGGAGAAGUCUGGAGUUCUGGACACGCUAACAAGCAUUGUGGGCCACACCCAGCCCUCGGACCAGGACUUUGGUCCCCCUGGUCUGGACCUACAGCAGCUUAUAGAAGUUUUGGUGGCACUUUACGAGGAGCCAGACAAACCCAACAAUGCACUGGACUUCAUCAAGCUUCACCUGGGUGCAGCAGGUCCAGAUCCAGCAGACGUGGAGGCCCUCCGCACGGAGAUCUCUGAACUUCAGCAGAAGUGUGAGGCUCUCACAGAGGAGAACAACGAGCUGAAGAACAAGCUGAUGCAGUGUGAACCAGCGCCGGAGGAGAAACCAGCUGAAUAGACCAGUGGAAAGCUUUUUAUUUGAAGUCACAUAUGUUUAAAUAUAAAUGUAUUCAUCACUAUUAGACUUUUUUUGUUGUAGCGUAUGUUUGUGGCCGUUAUGCCGGUGGUUCCGUUACAUGGUGAAGGGAGUCACUUUUUUUGUUAUGCAACAAUAAAUUUUUAAUUUUUUUUUUCAGCA